AUGUUUCGGUUAUCGAUUUUUGGGCCUCUUUUUCUUUGGAGUAUAUUUUUAAUUAUAAAAACAAACUGUUUUUAUUUUAAAGUAGAUAGUGAACUAAUAUCAAAAGAUUCGAAUAUUCGUAAAUGUUAUAAAGAACACUAUUUAAAUUUCCAAGGACAAAUAGUCCAAGUAUGUAAUGACAAAAUAGUUACAAACACUUCAAUAAGUAACAAUAUUUAUAUAUCUGCAUAUAAUACAGAAAAUAAAUGGGAAGAAAAAUUAAAAUUAUUUAAUGAUCAUACAAAAAGAAAAAUUGAAUAUUUUUAUAGUUUUAUAAAUAAUGAAAACUUAGUAAUAGUAUACUGUUUUAGUAAAUCAUUGAACUAUUCACCAUAUGAAUGUCACAAUGCAAUUUCUACAGAUUUAAUAACAUUUACAACUCAAAAAAUUAACAUCGAUUUUAAGUCAAUAGAUCCAUUAAGUUUACAAGAUUAUUCAAUAAGCGAAUUAGAUAUAUUUGAAAAAAAAUAUAUCCUUAUAUGUGGUCUAGAUACACAAAGAACACAAUACGGAGAAUAUAACAAAUUUAUUUUAUGUAAUGCCAGUUCUGAUGGUGGAAUUAAUUGGACGGAAAAAUUCACCUUCUUCGUAACAGGAGUUGAUCCCAAGUUAAAAUACACAAAACUAGUUCCUAAGAUCAAUGGAAAUGAAAUAGGAUUUCUAUAUUACUCUGAAAUAGAGAGUUUAAAUAGAUACUUAAAAUGUAAAUAUAAAGACGGAUAUGAUUAUGAAUGUUAUUUGGUAGGGUUGGCACGACUUGAAAGUUAUAUGUGGGACAUUUCAAAAAUCAGAGGAUAUUAUAUAUCAAUAAUUUCUAAUAAUAAACAACCACCACAUUAUAUAUAUUAUAUGCAUACUAAUAUAUAUACAAUCCCAUUAGAAGCCCCUACAAGUACGGAUGUAGAUUAUCAAAAAGGAAACUUAUUUCCUUUAGAUAGCUAUAGAUUAAUAUAUAAUUAUGUUGCUGGAAAGAAUAGCUAUACAUAUAUAUUAAAACAUACUGGUGCCGUUAAAUAUUGUGCACUAUUAUAUAUAAAAAGAGAGCACAUGAAUCCCGGAUUUGUUAAACAUGGAAAUAAAUAUAUAUGUACAAUUUUAUAUGAUGAUUUAAUUGUUGAUGGUGAUGAUAGAUAUUUUACUUUAGGAGUUUAUAAUGGUGCUAAACAUGAUAUAAGAAAAUGUUUCCAUGUUAAAUAUAAUAAAGAUUCAGAACCCGUUAAUAUAAUACAUAAAAUAGAAUCAAUAUAUGAAUAUAACAAUUAUAGAUUAUAUACAUUAUAUAUAAAAAAAGAUUUAGAAAGAUAUUUUAUUUUUGAUAUAACAUUAGAAUGUUAUUUAGGUGAAGAUUUUUUCUUAAGAUUAAAAUUAUAUUUUAAAAAUAAUUAUGUAUUACAAACUUCAGAUUUAAAUAAAAAUCAAAAUUCUAUAAAUCUAUAUAAUAAUAAUAUAAUCUACUUUACCCUACCAAGCCCAGAAUAUGAAAAAACGUUGAUGCCACAAUUAAAAUUUCCUCAAUAUACUAGAUAUGUUAAACUUCCUGAUAAAAAUUAUAUAUUUCAAUUACCGUCUUAUAUUAAAAACGAAGUCACGUUACAACUUCCUUUUGUCAAUAAAAAUAAUAUGAACAAUCAGGUGAUAAAAAAUGUCGUGAUCAAUCCAAGUAGCGAAAAUACACAAAAUAAUAAAAAUAUUGUUGGACUCGAUUUUUCUAAUGCUAAUAUAUGCGACUAUGCUAAUAUAAAUCCUAAUUGUGACAACAUUGUAAUAAAUGAAAAUAAAAUAAAUGUUACUAUUGAUACAAAAACUAAUCAAGAUAUACAGCUAGCUAUUAUAUGUCCUAUAACUAAAAAAAAUAAAAAUACAUGUUUUAAUGAUAUUUAUUUUAAUAAGAAAAAAAAAUUUAUUCGAGAUCACCUAAAAGAUCAACAAGGAUUAUUAACCAUAUAUCCAAAAAUGUACAUACAUGGAUUAGUAAAUGAUAAUACCCCAUAUGAAGAAUCCUUAUUGACUAUACCUAAAACUUAUAUUCAAAAAUUUAAUGAAAAAAAAAACAAUUAUAAUAACACCUUUAUUUGUAAGUGCCACUCAAAUGACAUCCUAUACGAAAUUACCUACACAUUCGUUUAA